AAUUGGACAUCUGUAGUGCAUUUCUGAAUGAUCCAGGGUCAAGUGAUCUCCUUUGGGAUGUUUCGCUGUGUGUUGUUAUGACAGAUGCCUGUCUUUUUGCCUCUACAAAUUAUUCAGCAUAUACAGCACCUGUAUUAGCUGUCCCCUGGUAUUACAAGUCAAAAUGACUGGAGGUUAUGAAGUGGAGCAGUUUGUGGAAACCCCAGACGAUGAUUUGAUUUGUGUCAUCUGUAGAGCAGUUCUACGCUGUCCUGUACGACUCAAAUGCAACCACGUCUUCUGCAAGGAAUGCAUUUUACAGUGGAUGAAAAGACAGGUGAAAUGCCCAUGCUGUAGGCAGUCUAUCGACCAGAACCAAAUGCUGGUUUUGUUUAAGCUGAGUAAAUCCAUUGGCCGUUUAUCAAUCAAGUGUCGAAAUGCACAGCAGGGCUGCAGGGCCACUUUCCCACUUUCUAAUGAGUACCUCCACAUCUCCAACUGUCCGUAUGAGUGGCAGCACUGCCCCCAUGAGGGCUGUGGGCAGCAGGUGCUGAGGAAGGAUGCGCAGGCGCACGAUCAGAGCUGUAGCUACUGGCGACAGCUGUGUCCCAUGGGCUGCGGGACACUGCUCGUCCGUGAAAAUCAGGCCCAACAUAACUGCUACCGAGAACUGCAUCAGCGCUAUGUAGCCGAGCGGCGGAGGCAGAGGGCCAUCGCAGCCAACCUGCGCAGGAAGAUGCAGCGCAUGCAGAGCCGGAUGGCACAGAUAAGGAGGCAGAUAAACCUGAUGUGUGAGAGCCUGGAGGUUGGCGAUCUGGAAGCUGAAGAAGGGGAGGGAUCCAGCGUUUGGACAGAUUCUAAUGCUGCCAGUCUGAGCAGCAGCAGACACAGACACACCAACAGCAGCAGUUCAAGAGUCAGACAUAUAUAG